CAAAUGACAGUAUGAUUUAAUUUGUCAAUUGAAUUUAUCAUUCUCCCCAAAUUUCAGUUUCAACUGUAAAUAUCUUCGUAAUGUCUAAUUUAUUGUUGAAGUCGUUAUCCUCCUCUAAUCGCAUCAAGAAGGAGCUCAUCCUCGGAGAGGAUUACAGAAUUGCAAAGAAUGAUGCCUUUAUACCGCCACUUUGUACAGUAGGAUCACCGUUAGACGUGACAUAUUUUGUUCAUAGGAGAAGACGCGUUGAGAAGGUGGUAGAGGAAAUCGAAUCAACGGUAACUUCUUCCCACAAACAUUUGAAAAGUCGAGGUGGCUGCAAGUCAAAAUCUGUUCCACACAUCAAGAAUUCCUUUUGGGAGAGAGCCAAGCUCACCCGCAAACAAUAUUUGGAUGUUCUAUCAACCCCUCAUCUCCAGAGCUGUGGAGACACCGACCAUGCCAAGAAGUUAAAAUCGAAGACCACUUCGAAUAUCUGCUCCCCGAGGCUCAUACAAAUGUCCAGUCCCACCAAACGUAGGGUCUUAGCGACGUGGCAAGAAUACGAAUAUCGACUACCAACAGAGGCCCUUCAGAGGUUCCACGACAUGCUACACACCGACCAGAAUAUAGACUUGAAAGACGCAAGAAAGUACUUCAAGAUGCGUGAUCGCAAGAGAAAGAAGCAAAAAAUGCGGAAGAAGCUCAGAAGGAAGAAGAGGAAAAAUUUGCAUCAAACUUGUUGGUUGAGGGAUCAGAUAGAAGAAACUAGUACGGCUAUCAUGAAUUUCUUCUCUGGCGAACCGCGACUGGAUAUGAGCUACAAGCAAUUGCUCAUUUCGGAUACUCUGCUGGUGUUGUUGGCAAGAGUUCUGAAGAAAAAGAAUCCGAUAUUGAGAUAUAGUCGGAACUCGUUCGACAGGCACUUGGUGAAAAUGGUAGAUAAGAUUGCCGUAUGGAUAGACAGCGUAUCUAAGAUAGUGGAGAUGCAAAGUUUGGAGGAGGACGAAGAAAAGCCUCCGAAGGUAGUCGAAGAAGAAUCGACUGAAUCUUCGUUCGGAGGUAGUGCAAUUACAGGUGCGGCCACUGAUGAAGGAAGGGAGGAAGGAAGGGAAGGAGAAGAUGAAAUGGAGGGGGGGCAAAUGGAAGGCGAGGAAGAAGUUGGACCAGUGAGCAGCUUGGAUCGACUGAUCAUGAUACUUGCCCAUGGUUCUCCGAGUUAUCUGGGUGGUGCUGUUGAAGAUAUAGAGAACCUGACGCGCAACGAACUUCUCAACAAGAUAAAGGCGUUGAACAAGGAUUACCAUGGAGGGGCUACACCUUCGGAAAUAUUGAAGAAAAUACUAAUGGAAUGGGCCAUGCAUAAUCGUCCCAGUCAGGUUGACGUACCAAUAAUCAAGAAGAUAGAUGAGAUAUCCGACCUAUUGGCCGCCAUGUUGGCCGCCGAGGAUCUUUAUGGGCUGAUGGGCACUUUACCUGUAGGAGUGGAACCAGGUGAACCUGUACCCGGCAGCGUCAUAGGUGCUUCUGAAAUCAUGGGUACCAUGGACUUUGGAGAGGACGGUGAACCAUUACCAGGUACAGUGACAGAAGUCAUUAAUCCCGAUGGAUCCGUCGCACUCGGCGUGGUUGGUGAAAAUGGAGAAGUGACCCCUGUGCAGAUGACCCCCAGUGGCAAUCUGAUACCGACAGUUUACGACAAGAACGGGAAGGUGGUGGACAAGCUAUUCGACGGGGAUGGCAACCUCCUGGAUGUCACUUUCAACAAGAACGGAGUACCUGAGCCCAACGAUUACAACGGUCCCCUUUUCGACGACGUCAAAUACCCACACGAACUUAUUUACAACGAUAAAGGCAGGAUAAUCCCGCAGUGCUACGAUAAAGAUGGAAAUCCCAUAGGUGCAGCGUACGACGAAGAUGGCAAUCCGAUAUACUUCGGACCAGACGGAAAUCCCAUUUCAGUUCCUCCAGGUGGAUCAGUCAAAAUUGUGGACGGUAAACCGGUAAUCAUAGGUCCAGACGGAGAUGUUGUGGGUGAAAUUGAUGUUGGUGGUGGAUCUGAAGCUGAAGGUGAAGAAGAAGGUGGAGAAGAAGGUGGAGAAGAAGGUGGAGAAGAAGGUGGAGAAGAACUAGGGCCAGAAAAUAUAGAUGAUGUCGCUAAAGAGAUGGAGAGACAAGGUGGUCCGGGAGAGGACGAAUACGAAGAGGGAAUUGGUGAGGAAGAAGAGGAAAAGUCGGAGGAGUCAGAAGGAGAAGAGAAGAAAUCGGUAGAAGCGGGAGAGGAAGAAACGUCCGUUGCGGGAAGUAGAGAAUCUAUGAUAACAGUCAUCAAGGGACACAAACCCAAGAAGAUCUACGAACAUUCCAACGACACCGUGUGCUGCUUAUCGCUGAAAAUAUGGGCGGUGUGGUUGCUAGAGAUCACCCACAACGCCCACAACUGGACCAAAUGGGUCACCAACAUCAUCGGCCAGAUUCGGGAGUUCGCCGCCAUCUUGAGGGGCGAGGUGAUGCUGCCCAACGGACAGAAGAAGGUCCUGUUCAAGGACGACUGGAACAAAUUCGUGACCGAUAUGAACGAGGACGUCAUCGCCUGGAGGCAGUACUGUAGACACGUGAACGACCUGACGAAGAAAAUAGUCGAGAAGUUCCACGGCAAGAAGGUGCACUGUUGCGAGAAAUGUUUGCAGGAUCAUCUGAUCAAGAACGUCGUGACAGCGCAUGACACUAUGAGGGCUCUGACGGAAGCGCUGAACUGCGCAGGCUACUGGCAAAGAUGCCUGGAUGAAAUCGUUCAGGCAACCACCAAACUAACAGAAAUACAGCCGGGAUUGGACGAUUUAUCCAGUGACGAAGAAACGGGAUGGUCUUACAGUUCAUCAUCGGAUGACGACAAAAACGAUUAUUCCUGUUACACGAAGAAGAGGAAAUUGACACCUUCGCCAACUUGGAAGAAAUUGAGGGAUACCCCUUGUAGCUGUCCGUGUAAAUUGAAACAAUUAUUCCCAAAGGAAGUGCACAGGUCUGGUGAUGAAGGUGCUCCAUGUGGUUGUUUAGAUUCUAGUCAAGUAAAAGUUUAUAACCCUCGUUUUUGUUUUUAGAGAAGGAGAAUAUUCAUUUGUACUUAGUAUAUAAUAAAUUUUAUGUUACUAAUUU